AUGCCCCAAGGGCAUCCAAUGCCGUUACCUUCACGAUCCCACCAAAGUUGCAUUGUGUCUUUCGCUGUUGCAGGGCGUCCGAUGUUCCCGGCUCGGUGA